UUUUUCUUUACAUUUAUUGCAUCACUUAUUUAGCAACAGGCCUCGAAAAUAUUCAGGUUCUGGUGUGAGAUUGCGCGGGUUAAAAAGAUUCAUGUAGUUCGGUAUAUUAUCUUAGCGUGAGUGAAGUAGAUUCGCGAAAGUUCGCUAUGUAGUCACCAUUUAAAAGCCGGCAACGCAUCGCCAAGACCUCAAGUGUUCAUUGAAAUCAGGGAGCACCGGGUGAGUCCGGCGCGUGUACCAGUGCCGGGCGUGUGUGUCGGCGCAGGCCGCAGCAGGCUCGCCCGCGCCCCGCGCCGCGCUGCUGGCGCCGCGCGCUCAACGUCGACCCGCCCUGGCUGCGAGCCCGGGCCCGCUGACGCCACACCGACAUCACCUGACACUUGUGGACUAGCGCUAGUGGGCCACCAGCAACCGGCUCGACCACCUGACACCGACUGCCCGGCGAGCAGACAAGCGCGGCAUAGCGGCCCCUCGCUCCGGCACUGCCGGGGCUACGUCGGCCUAACCUCCACCUUAAGCCAACCGCUCAAGGUUCAAAAUCCACCUUAAGACAACUUCGCAAGGUUCAAAAUCCACCAUGAAGGUCGUAGAAGAGGAACAGCUGAUCACCGUGAUGGACGGGCCGUGGUCCCCGACCAGCCUGAUCCGGGAGAUCGUGGAGAGCGGCACGCAGGAGGACCCCUUCUACAUCAUGGACAUGGGCGAGGUGGUCGCGCGCUACCAGCGCUGGAAGGAACUCAUGCCAAGGGUCGAGCCCUUCUACGCUGUGAAGUGCAACGACGACAAGUUGUUGGUGAGCACGCUGGCGGCGCUGGGUACCGGCUUCGACUGCGCGUCCAAGGCUGAGAUAGAACUCGUCACCUCCAUCGGCGUGGCUCCCGAGCGUAUAAUAUUCGCGAACCCAGCCAAGAUGGCGUCGCACAUCCGCUACGCGUCCGCCGUGGGCGUGGACGUCAUGACCUUCGACUCCGAGACCGAGCUCGUUAAGAUCAAACAAUACAUGCCGCACGCACAGCUAGUGAUCCGCAUUCGUUGCGACGCGGCGGCCGCGCAGUGUCCUCUGGGCAUCAAGUUCGGCUGCGACCCCGUCACCGAAGCCCCCAGGCUGCUGAAGUACGCAGCUGUGCUCGGACUCGAGGUGAUCGGCGUGUCGUUCCACGUGGGCAGCGGUGCGUCCGAGACGGAAGUGUACGCGCGCGCCAUCGGACUGUCGCGCGCGCUGUUCGCCGUCGGACACAACGUGGGACACAAGGCCAUGCGUCUACUGGACAUCGGGGGAGGCUUCCCCGGCGGGACACACACCUCUAUCAAAGAGGUGGCCGAGGUAAUCAACGCGGCUCUAGAGGACCAGUUCCCCGAGCGCGCAGUGCGUGUGAUCGCAGAGCCGGGCCGGUACUUCGCGGCCGCCGCCUACACGCUCGCCACCAUGGUGCACGCCAAGCGAGAGAUAACAUCGAACGACCCGGACGCUGAGACGCACACGAUGUACUUCAUCAACGACGGCGUGUACGGGUCCUUCAACUGCGUGUUGUACGACCACCAGAGUGUGGUGGCGGAGCCCCUGUCGGCGGGCGGGCGCGUGGGCGCGUGCUCGGUGUGGGGCCCGACGUGCGACGGGCUGGACUGCGUGCUGCCCGCCGCGCGCCUGCCCGCGCUGGCCGCCGGCGACUGGCUCGUGUUCCGCGACAUGGGCGCCUACACGCUGCCCGUCGCCUCGCCCUUCAACGGCUUCCCUGUGCCCACUGUGCGACCCGUCGUCGAUACACGCCUCGCGUGUAUGUUGAAGGAGUUGCGCCCGCUGAGCGCGUCGCAGUUCGCGUCGUCGCGGGCGCAGCCCCCGGCGGCGGGCGGGGCUGGGGGCGCGCCCCCGGCCUCCGCGCCCCCCGCGCCCCCGCCGGCCGCGCCCCCCGCGCUCCCGCCCGUGUUCGUGGAGUGCGCGCUCAAGUGACGCCGCACGCACACACUGUCGCCCCGCACGCACACACACACACAACACCACUGCUUAUGACCCGCAGAGAUACAAGUGUUAUAUGACCAGCGAUUGCAAGCGCCUACUCAGUUAACGCAGAUGACUAAGUUUGUUAAGGACAGUAUCUUGCAUGCGACAGCAUUAGCGUAUUAGCGAGGACUUGCAUCCGCUGAACGUAACCAACGCCAUCUAGUGUAAACGGCGCAAUAAAUAUUAGGUAAUCAAUGUCCACAUUACAAAUAAACAAUGAUAAAAAAAUGUGUACGUUAUACAAAUAUUUUUGUAAAUUUCUAUCAUCAUCUCAUCGAUAUUGUUUGCCAAUUUCUCGUGUUCAUAGUAUAGCCAAUAAACUAGGCUUCGUGGCUACGGUGCGACAGUACCAAGAGUUGUAGUAAAUGUUGAAAACUUUGCAUUUCAGUAAUUAUUUUUAUCAAACAUCAAAUUCAAUCGUCAGGGGUCGAGUGUUUUGUUUUGUAUAAAUUAUUGCACUUUCGUGUUUCGAUAUGUCGCGAUCAAAUCGUUACAUACUAAGUUUAUGUAUUUAAAAUUAUUGUGGUGUACAUCGCUUUUGCGAUAUUGUUAUUUUUUUUUUGCUUACUAACAUUAUUCAUUUUGCGCAAAACUGCCAGAAUGUAUAAGAUUCGCGGUGUUUCGUUUGCGUGUCAUUUUGGGUUUGCCGACAUGCGUAAUGAAAUAUUUACAUGUAUUGUCAUUUAGAUGGGUUUCAAAAGAAUAUUUUUAGCCAAUUUCCUUAUAAAUAAACAUUUGUGAAAUGUGA